GAAUAAAAAGAUAAAGAUAAAGUGAAGUAUUUUAAAUAUUUCCACAGUGACAUCGUUAACGUAGUUUUAGCUACGACGUAAACACUGACCGCUAACGUUAGCCUGCUGCGUGACAAACUUACGUUUAAACUACGUGAAUACGAGGCUGCGACAGUUAAUCGAUUACCGAGUCGUUUGUUCAUCGAGUAAAUCUUUGCUAAAAUAAUGAUAAUCAGCUUAAAUUAUUGCUGUUUAAUGUGAUCUGCCUUCUCAGUUUACUAUGGUAGAAAAUGAGCUAAUUAUUAGCUAAACAUGUCCAAAAGUAUAAAAUAAAUGUGACGUCGUCAGCCAGCGGAAUGUUUUGAUGAAGGAAUUGAAAAUAAGCUGCAAAAUAUGAGUUAGUUUUACUAAGAAUGAAGAAAAUAGAGCUCCAACUUCUGAUAUCGAUGACCAAAUUAAAUAACUAAAGGAUGUGGGCCAAAAAAAUUGGUAAACAGCUGGGGAACCCGGAGCGCUCGGUCCUCGGGUGGCUGGUCAGUAAGCUGCUGAUAAACCACAACCAGGUCCUGGAGGAGAGUGCUGUGCAGCUGAGUGGGAUCCAGCCUGGAGACACAGUCCUGGAGCUGGGUCAUGGCCCAGGUCUGGGUCUGCAGGCAGCGGCUAAACUGCUCUCUAGUCCCUUGGGCCACGUCAUUGGUGUGGAUUAUUCCGAGUACAUGCAUCAGAUGGCAGGCGAGCGACUGAAGGGACUGGUGUCGAGCGGGAAAGUGACGCUGCACCUCAGUGACGUCGCAGCGAUGCCCAUCACAGACAACACCGUGGAUAAAGUCUUCCACUGUAACUGCUACUACUUCUGGCCCAACCUCAGGAAAGCAACGACAGAGAUUCACCGCGUCAUGAAACCUGGAGGCCUCAUGGUGACGACGCUCAGGCUCAGCUCGUUGGCUCAGGCGUCGUCCAGAGGGGUUUUAGCAGCAGAGAAAUGGAACCCGCAGACGUACAUGUCUGCUCUGACAGACGCCGGCUUUAUCGACGUCACCAUGGACGACAAACGCAGCCGAAACGUCCAUUUCCAGGUCAUUUACGCCACAGCGGCGCAAAAGUGAAGGUCUUUGCUCGCAGGACGUGACGGAGAAAAUACGAAAGUGAAAGAAACAAAUGAUUUGUGAUCACGGCUGAAGUUUGAUGAUAAAACACAGGCAAACUGUCUCUGUAGCCGUGAAUAAAGCACUUUUAUAAACUUUAUAAAUGUUCAAUCACGUAAAUGUGUUGAGUUAACAUUUAUAUAAAAAGAAAA